AUGAAGCCUUCCACCUCCGCCGUGUUGGCCACCCUCUUUGUGUUCGGCGCUGCUCAGUGUAACAGGGACAACUGCCUGAGAGCCAUUGCGGCCAGUGCCUUCACCACCCGAAGUGGUACUGCCGACUGCUCUCGGUUCCUGCAGGUGACCGUCUACCCCGGUGCCACGACGACCACCACAACCGUGACCGUCCCGACCAGUGGAAUCUUCACCUCCACGGUCACUCUCACCUCCGGCGGCGGCGGUGGUCCCGUGGAGACCAGCCUGGUCGUCGAGACCGAGUUGGCCUCCUCCACGGCCACCUCCCUCGUCGGCGUCACCCAGACCACGACCGUCGCCACCGAGGUUGUCAUCGUUCCCACCACCAUUGUCGUCUCUUCCACCCGGACCCUCACCUUUGGCACCACCGAGAUUACCACCGUCGCCACCGAGACCCAGACCAUCUUCGAGACCCUCGCUCUCGAGAAGCGCCAGGCCGCCACAACCGCCAUCUCCGCAAACACCUUCCCGGCCUACGCCUCAGCUUGCAGCUCCGUCGCCCGCUACGCUUCGGCCUGCUCUUGCCUCGGCAUCACGCCGGACACGGUGACUUCAGCCGUCGCCACCGCCACGGCAACCGUCUCGGUCCCGGCCACGAUCCUGUCCACCUCCAUCGUGACCGUCACCGUCUCCGGCAGCGGAUCCCCUGGCUCCACGGCUCUCUCGACCACCACGACGACCUCCACUGCCAUCACUACCGUACUCGCCACGUCUACGGCCUUGGAGGCGGUCACGGCCACGACCUCCGUCGGCAGCACGUCUACGGAAGUGGUUGAGGAGGUUACCUCUGUGACUGGUACUUUCCUUAACAACGCUACCUUCACCACCUUCGUUACCCGCACCACCUCGCUGCCCCCUAUUUUCAACACUACUAUUACCCUUGGACCCUCGACCACCACUUCCGAAGCCGAGUCUUCCUCCACUGGUUCCACCAUCUUUGACAGCACCAGCACUGAGGCUAGCUCUUCCGCUCCCUCUUCCUCUUUCUUCCCCAACUCUACUAUUAUCUCUACCAUCUCAGAGACCUCUUCCACCUUUACUUCUACUAUCUUCCCCAACAUCACUUCUACUGGAUCCAGCUCGGUCCCCACCGAGUCUUCCAUCACCUCGACCUUCUUCCCCAACACCACAAUCACCUCCGAGUCGACCACAAUCACUUCGAGCUUCGCCUCCACCACCGUAUUCCCUAACACGACCACUUCUUCCGUGGAGACGGAGUCGAGCACCGUAUUCCCUACCAGCAGCGGUUUCCCCAACACCACAAUCACCUCUGGCAGCGAGACCUCGACCGUCUUCCCCUCGACCACGCUCUUCCCGAACUCGACUACUUCCGAGACCGCCUCCGUCUCGCCCACCUUCUUCCCCAACAGCACGACUCUCACCUCUAGCAGCGAGUCCUCUGCCUUCCCUUCGUCGACCCUCUUCCCCAACGUGACUUCCACCGAGUCGUCCGUUUUCCCUUCCUCGACUCUGUUCCCCAACACCACGACGGCCACCGUCCCCGAGUCCUCUUCUUCCUUCACCUCUAUCUCUAGCCUCUUCCCUAAUGUGACUUCUACUGAGUCUUCUUCGGCCUUCCCUUCUUCCACUCUCUUCCCCAACGUCACUUCCACCGAGUCCUCUUCGGCCUUCCCCUCCUCCACCCUCUUCCCCAACACCACGACCCUGACCAUCUCGGAGCCCUCCACGACUAUCACCUCCACCUCCACCUUCUUCCCUAACAUCUCCUCCACCGAGUCGUCGGACAUCUCCUCCUCCACCGCGGCCCCCAACGCCACCCUGACCCUCAUCACCUCGGGCACCGAGACCUCAACCCUGUUCCCCACGUCGACCCUGUUCCCGAACUCGACCGCCAUUGAGUCUUCGACCAUCACCUCCCUGACUUCCUCCGUCGGUCCUACCUUCUUCCCCAACAGCACCAUCUUCACUGAUGAUCCCACCGUCACCAUCAGCAUCAUCAGCUCGACCUCAACCGAUGCUUCAACCACCACCGAUGACGUGAGCUCCUCCUCCAUUUCCGCCUCGGAGACAUCCUCAUCUGCCACUUCCACCGCAGACGACUCUUCCUCGACCUCUGCCUCCGCCAGCAGCAGCAGCACCGAAAGCAGCACCUUCGUCACAAGCACCCUGACCACAACAACCUCCUCCUCAACCUCCUCCUCCGCAACCCCGACCUCAACAGACGUCAUCGCCCGCAACCUCUGCCUCAAGGUCUCAACCGGCCCCGCCCCAGGCUCCGUCGUCGCCCUCGGCUCAAACCGCUUCUCCAUCAAGCCAGCCGGCUCCCAAGCAGCCCUCUUCGACCUGAACCUCUCCACCGGCGAACUCUUCCAGACCAAUGGCGAGCUCGUCGCCGUACCCGCCCCCUACGCAGACGACAACCGCCCCGUCAACGGCUUCACCCCUCGCCAGACCCUCGUCCGCAAGCUCGCGCCCUUUGUCUGCGCCGCAAACGGCCAGUCCCUCCUCGUCGGCGUCCCCCUCAACUGCACCGCCUCCGGCGACGACGGCGUCAACCAGAACACGUACUCGCGCUUCUUCUACAACCGCAACUCGGCCGACUCGGUUCUCCGCGUCGCUACCGAGGGGCGUAACUUUACCAACAACAACCAGGCUAUUACCCUGGCUCCUUUCAACCAGGGCGACUGCUAA